CGGUAACUUUCUUUUUUUUUUUUCUUCUUUUCUUUUCUUUUUAUCUUCCCGGUAACUUUCCACCUAAGGUUUCUUUUCUUUUUUUUUUUUUUACCAUUUCUCGAUUUAUAUGUGUCAUUUUUCCACAGGGCUCCGUAUCGAGCCACUUUCUCGCCAGGAUUCAUUCUCAAUGUGCCUGAACAGUCGUGCUGGAUGGGAGCGGAGCGAAUUUUCGACCCCUCUUGCUUUCCAGAGGUUUCCAUAUGAUCGGCAGGAACUCCAUAUAGAUAUCUCUAUGCCAGAUGGAGCCUCCUACCUCGUUGAAAGUGCUUUGGGAAAGAAUCUUGCGAGCUUGGCGGUGAAUUCAUUUCCAAACAGAAAGGUGGAUCCCGCAGAGGCGGCAUCUCUUCCCAGCGACGAGCUUACAACAUGGUCGUUCUUGUCAAUGCGAUGGCACUGCAACAAAAACAACACUGGGAGCACCAACAGUAGUAUGGUUAGACUCUUCGCAAACUGGUCAGCAGAUGAUCCCAUUGCUUCUGUUGGCCUCACAGCUGUACAGAAAGCUAAUAGAACUACAAAUUAUCUCCAAACAGAGUGUAAAAUCAUUAUCAAUAUCAAGCGAAAUUCAGAGUUUUAUUUCUGGAAUAUGCUUUUCCCUGUCGGGACAACCGUUGUCUUGGCCACAUUGGGCCUUGCAGCACAUCCAGCGGAGAUAGAGCUCCGGCUCUCGACAACAGUUGCACUCUUCUUAGCACUUGUGGCGCUGCAGUUCACAACCAACACCAUGCAGGGGGCAUGGCAAUGUUCUCUGUAUCAUUCCAAUUUUGAUGUCUGCGAUGUGGCUGAUGAUGACAACAAGUUUCACAGUCGAUGGUGCUUGAUAUCUGAUGUUAGUUAUUUGUUGAUGAUGACAUCUGAUAGUUUUGAUCAUGGUGAUGAUGAUGAUGAUGACGGCGACGAUGAUGACGGCGACAAUGCUGCUGCUGCUGCUGCUGAUGAUGAUGAUGAUGAUGAUGAUGACGAUGACGGUGGCGAUGGCGACUGCUGUAUUGUUCAGUUGCCAGGUUCUUCGUAUCUGACCGAUUUUCACAAGUACAUCAUUCUGUCAUAUAUGAUGAUGGGGGCCAUCGUUUUGAUCAAUCUUGUAACAGCCAAGCUUGUCCUCUGGGCACAAAGAGAGAUAAAGUGCGCAAAUUUUCAGAGAGCGGAAGCGGAGCAAGGAGGUGCAAAAGCAGAUGUGGAGCGAGGCGAUCCUGCGCCGGCAAAGACGACAAGUAUCAAGCAUAAAGUGAAUAAUGAAAUUUUUGCACAUGCUCGGGGCUUGCAACCUUUGCAGGAGACCACAGUGAAUAGAAGACUUGCACGAGCGACCACGUCAAGCACGUCAAGGACGAUGACAUCACCUCAUGGAUACUACUUCCCGUUGGCAACUCUGUUCCGGAGGCGCCGGAGUCGGAAAUUUCAGAAACUCGAGUCGCAUCAAUUGUACGCACUGGCGCUCAGAAUUGAUCGUUGUUGUUUUCCUGCACUGCUUUUGUUCUACUUAGUCUUCACCUGCUAUGUCAUAUUUGGAGGAAGAUUCAAGUGAUCGGUGGAUGAAACUGCAGUGACUCUUCUAUGAAACUUCAGUGAAAUGGACGAGGGGUCAGAUGACGGUGUGGAUGAAGGACGAAGGUUCGGGGGUUGGCUGAUCAUUUGGAGGAACUGUCCGAUAGGAUGAAGGUUCAAGUUGAGGGCGAAGGUACAGACGAAGUGCGAAUGAAGUUUCGGAUAAUUCGAAUGGAUAGCUCGCGAGCCUUUUCCGCUCUUUUCCAACCUGCUGCGAUCCCCAUCGAGUUGGUCCCAAUUGGCUCGAAGCCUCCAACUGAUCAGACCAUUCUUUGCCCUGUGCAUCAUUGUCUUUUUUUUCUUUUUUUUUUUUUUUUGCCCCUCUGCAUCACUCUUGUUUAGUUGCUAGAUUGUUCCCAGACUGUCAGAGUGGGGAAAGUGAGCUAGCAAAUCGCAUGAGGCUCAGGGUUCCGUGUGUUACGCGUUGAAUGACGAAUACAGCCCAAACCUCUCUGUGAGAUUGAAACCAAGAAGGAUUCCAGGCUGAGGGUUUAGUUAGGGUUUUAAGGUUUAGGGCUUAGGGUUUUGGGUUUAGGGUUUUGGGUUUCGGGUUCUCGGUUUCGGAUUUAAGGUUGAGGGUUGAUGGUGUGAGAUGAGGAACGUUCAUGGCUAGGAUGUUUCACGCUUCAACUUUGAAAGCAUUCAGCGGCACUGCGACGGCGGAACAUGGUUUUUCAUCGCGGAUUCGUACACUAGCCCGGAGAGAGUGCGUGAGCAAGCAAGGCUCAGAGAUGCGGUUGUAUUUCCUGGCCACUGUGGCGAUGCAAGCAAAAAGAUGCAAAAAAAAGUUAAAAAAACUCGAUAUGCAUAUAUAAUUUAAGGGGGUGUAACAGUUGAGACAGGAGGGAAGAUACAUCAGCAUCGGUCGUGGAAUCCUGCGCUAUAACUUUAAGACAGUCUCUACUUUAGCAAGCUAUAACUCUGAGAUGGUCACUGCUUUAGCAAGUUUGCGAGAGGCCCAUUGUGCUUCAUGGC